AUGUAAAAUUUGCAUUUGAUGAAUGUUUCAGGUAAAUAUUCUUCCUUGCUGUUCAAUAUUUCUUUAUCUUUUCAACCAUUGAAUAACAGCAGCUGUGAUGGUGCUAAAUGUCAUUCUCUAUAUGAAGCUUGCCUGAUAAUGAGUUUGCCUGCUGAUUUGCUUCCUGAAACAAAAAGUCCUGAAAGAUGCAAAGCUGGAGAUUAUAUUGAACAAGAAGCUCAGCCUAUUUACUUUUCAGAAAACCAAAUCUUAAGUGAGAAAGGUGCAUCAACAGUAUGUAUAGAAUUAGACUAUACACCUGAUGCCAAGCUCACUGAGAUGUUAAGCUUACAAGAUCGUUCAAUUGUGAAUUUACAUCUCAUGCAUACCAGUUAUUUCAUGUUUGUGAUGGUCAUGACUCUGGUUUGCUAUUCUUUGAUCAAAGGCAGAUAUCGACAUCCAAAAAAUUCUUUAUCUCUUGAAAAGAUUCCAUUAGAUGCUUAAAACAACGAAAACUGUAAUAGAGAUGUAAAUAUAUUUAUCUUGUAAUAAGAUUGAUUUGUAAAAUAAAUAUUUUAGUUAAUUUU